AUGUCGCAGCCGGCUCCUUUCAUACACUCUUCUUGCUUGCAGCAGACGGUCAUGCCCAAGUCUAGAGAAGCUUUGUCAUGUAUAAUAUCGACCAUCUCUCCGUUGUCGUCGUCCCCGGGUUUCGACGGUGCGGUAAGCUUUUUUUUGGUUUCUGGCGCGAACGAACAAACUUUUUAUGAUACAACACAUCGCGACAAUGACAAUCGCUGUGUGCUUGCAUCGCCACGGCCAGCAGCGUCAUGACCCUUAUUUAACUGGAGGCGGAGAUGUAGAGAACAAAUCGAAAGUCCGACAGCAAUACAGGACGUUUGUAUAACUGGUAAGAGAGCAGCUCCUUGCCCACCGGAAGGCGGCUAACUGUAAAACACUAUUAAGUGGAACCCAUCCACCGA